UAUUGACACGCCCACUCUUCUAGCCCACCUGUCUAGCCUGAAACCCUCUUACCAGACAAUCGUAAUACCGAUUUCCCCAACCAUUUCUUUUUCCUCGUCUCCCUCUGGCCAUCUUCUCUCCAGCCGAUUCCCCCUUCUUUAACCAGUUUAUACAGAACUAUCAUGGCCCAACCUACAGUGUCCGAGGAGGCUAUGCUUCGCCUUAUUUCAAGCCUAGACGAUGAUCAACGACAAGAAUUAAGCAGAUGGGGUGAAAGCAUUAAUGGUGCGAUGUUUGGGAGGCUUCUCACUAUAUCUAGGAAACAGCCUUUGGCUUUCGACGCUAUCGCUUUUGAUGAACUGCCUGACGAGCCGGUCCUAGAUUAUAUUACUGAUCUAGAAGCUAGACACCGAAUCUACAUGGAUAUCCGGGACCUUAUACAGAAAGCUCAAUCACCUUACAAAAUAGACAUGGCAUUCGCGGCAGUCUUCAUGGUCGCUCCCCUGGAUGUGCUUCGAUCUAGGAUACGUCUAUUAAGAGAGUACAUUCGGAACGACGACUUGGACCCCGUGCGUAAAUUCUUUGCUGAUUGCGCGGCAACGGUAUUGCCAAGUAUAUUUGGAUAUGUAAAUAAGGGAGGACGUCGAUCAACAUCGCAGCCGAGUUCAGCCAAGAACAGCUCUAAAUCGUCGUCAACACAUGCCAGUCCUGCAAAGCGACAGCGCGUAACGCAUGGAAGAUCUUUAUCGUAUCCAAACACGCCAAUUCAACCUCUAACCCCUGUUCAACCCAGAACGUCUCCGCCGCCAACAACGCCUCUGCCCACACGUGUCUCGACAGAUGCAUCUCCACCGCUACCAGUACCCCAAUCACCAAGUCUCGGUGUUUCGUCGUCAAGUCGGAAUCCCAUUGCUGCUCAGCUGUGCAAGAAACGAGAUGGUUAUAGGUGUCUAUUUACAAAGUACGACAAUCCUGAAGCUGCACAUAUUUUCCCUUUUGCGGCAACAAAGAAUCCGCAGACCUCAAAACUUCUUUUAGACUUGUUGAGAAUGUUUUGGGGCGACAAUGUAGCUGAUCAACUAUCGAUGUUGGCUCAAGACCGAGGUAUAACUGAAUCACCACAAAAUCUUCUGUCCCUUAACCACCAACUGCACUGGUGGUUUGAUAGUGCUAAACUGGCAUUCAAACCAUUGCGCAAACUGGAUGAUGGAUCAAUUGUAGUCCAAUUCCAUUGGUUGAAGACUGGCCAGUUGAAGCCGUCACAAGAUCUAGACAAGGCUUUUUUACGUGAAGUCGUAAUUACAGCCGGCCUUGAGAGCAAUACAUGGGGAAACAUGCGCGCGCAUCGUGCAAGCGGCCUGCUCUUAGAAACUGGCCAAACUUUCGCAUUGAAAGCAAAUAACCCGGAGCAUGUACCAAAUUUUAAUCUUCUCCAGCUCUCGUGGGAUCUCCUUCGUGUUGUUGCCAUUUGUGGCGCAGCCGAAGAAGAAGAAGAAGAAGAAGAAGAAGAAGAAGAAGAAGAACUUGAUGACGAGAGUGAUGUUGAUGAUGGUGGCUUCAGUAUUGAAGCUAGCGAAGGUAUAUAUGAAGAAGACAACGGCGCCCAGAUAUACCAAUGGGCAGCAGAGGUUGAAAUGGAAGAAGGGGGAGAAGAAAAAGAUUCCGUCUAUGGUGCUAAGUCCCCCCAUUAGGAGCAUAAGGACAUCGCUGGACAAGAGCAGG